CUACUUAGCUUAGUGUCGACUUUAAAAUUAAAAGGUUAUAUUUAUACACUUGAAGCUAAUUUGGUUGAGGAAGUUGAUCAGGAUUCUAAAAAGGAUUCUCAAUGGCUAUCUAAAAUAAUAUUAACAAAUAAUGAAUACUUACUUCGUGAUUUGAUUCCAAUUUUAGAACCUUUUGAGAAAACAACCAAAUAUCUUGAAGGUAAUAAUUAUUCUACUCAUAGUAUAAUAAAACCUUUAAUAGCCGAAAUUAUUAAUAAUCUCAAGCCCGAAUAUGAAUCAAAUACAACAAAUAUUAAUAUUAAGAAGAUUGAAGAUAUUUUU